CGGCGGCCAAAGGAUAUCCACCGAGAACACCGAGCAGCGGCAAGACAGCAGAUAUCGCCGCUCCCCUGCUUCCGCCGAGCUUGCCGACGAGAGAAUAAUCUGGCGCUGAGUCGUGUACAUGUCGCAUGACGCCGAGGCACGCAUCGGGUGCACGACCGACAAGUCGACGCUCGCGUCCGUGACCGCCUUCUCCUUCAAGCACCUCUCUCUCUCGCUCAGCGUCGAUUUUGCGACCAAGGAGAUCGCGGGCACCGCCACGUGGACAGUCAUCGUUGCAGAGGCGGCCGAGGCGCUCGUCCUCGACACCACGGCCGGCCUCGCGGUCACGGCGGCGACCGUGAAUGGCCACACCGUGGAGUGCCGCAGCCUCGCGCCGCACGAGUGCCUCGGCACGCCGCUGGCCGUGCCGGUGCCCGAGGCGGAGCGCGAGCCCGGCAACGAGCUGACCGUCUCCCUCACCUACUCGACCUCGCCGCAGUCGUCGGCGCUGCAGUGGCUGCCGCCCGCUCAGACAGCAGGAAAGCAGCGGCCGUACAUGUUCAGCCAGUGUCAGGCCAUCCACGCGCGGGCCCUCUUCCCGUGCGCCGACGCGCCGACGUGCAAGUUCACGUACGAUGCAGAGGUGACCGUCCCCGCCUGGGCGACGGCGCUUAUGAGCGCCGAGCCGCAGGGCGGCCCGCAGGAGGUCCCUGCCGGCGACGGCUCGACGCGCCGCUUCGCCUUCCAGCAGGACCGGCCCGUCCCUUCGUACCUGGUCGCGGUCGCCGUCGGCGAGCUCGGCUCGAAGCGGGUGGGGCCGCGCACGACUGUGUGGGCCGAGCCGUGCAUGGUGGAGGCGGUGGCGUGGGAGUUUGGCGAGACGGAGCGCUUCAUCGCAACCGCGGAGGAUCUGACUGGCCACGCGUACGAUUGGUCGCGCUAUGACAUCCUGUGCAUGCCUCCCUCGUUCCCGUACGGAGGGAUGGAGAACCCGUGCCUCACCUUCGCGACACCCACCCUGCUCGCCGGAGACCGCUCGCUCGCAAACGUCAUCUGCCACGAGGUUGCGCACGGCUGGACCGGCAACCUCGUCACCAACCACACCUGGGAGCACUUUUGGCUCAACGAGGGCUGGACCCGCUGGCUCGAGAACCGGGUCCUGACCCGCCUCUCGCCACACGGAGAGGAGUUGUACAACUUCCAGAUGCAGGAGAGUCUCACCCACCUCGAGGAGGCGGUGAGUCAGUUCGGCGCAACCUCGCCCCUCACGGCGCUCGUGCCUCCCCUCGACGGGAUCGACCCCGACGACGCCUUCUCCGCCGUGCCGUACGAGAAGGGCAGUCUCGCCCUCCUCAACCACCUCACCUCUGUCGCCGGCGGGCACGCAAAGUUCGAGACCUUCGCGAAGGCGUACAUUGCCGCGUACGCGCGCCGUACGCUCACGUCGGCCGACUUCCGCGCCUUCUUCUGCGAGUGGUGCGGCAAGGAGGGGGUUGACUGCAGCGGCGUGGAGUGGGAGAAGUGGCUGCUCGAGCCAGGCAUGCCCGACCGCGCGAUGCAGGCUGAAGCUAGCCGAGACCCGACGAGGUCGGCCGAGGGCGUGUACGACUACCCCGACACGCUCGGCGCGAAGGCGACGCAGCUCGUCGAGCGGUGGGUCUCCUGCCCGGAGGGGCAGUUCGCCGCCGAGGAGCACUUCCUCGAGUCGCUGCUCGCCCGCUCGCACAAGGCCGGCGCGCCGCUCCUCCCCCUCGCCGCGCUGCAGCGGAUGGACGAGCUCUACCAGCUGACGGCGACGCGCAACGCCGAGCUGCGCUGCCGGUGGCAGCGCGUCUGCCUCUGCCACCGGGCCGCCUUCAUCGUCCCGGAGGUGGUCGACUUCGUGGCGACCGUCGGGCGGAUGAAGUUUGUGCGGCCGCUCUACCGCGAGCUCUUCGCGUGGGAGGAGCAGAGCGCUGUCGCCGUCCGGACCUUCAUGCAGCACCGCGACGGCUACCACCCUAUCUGCUCAAAGAUGCUCAGCGCCGACCUCAAGCUUGACGGCAAGUCGGCCAAGAAGCAGAGGACGUAGACUCAAGGCGCUGAGUUCGGGCUCGUCCCGGCGGGACGACGGUCGCGACGAGCCGCGGGGGCGCGCGGCGGAGAGAAUAUAGAGGGGCCACGGCAGGGACGGCACGCCAAGCCCCUCGUUACUUAUACUUUGACAGCGAAAGGGAAAUGGCCGGAAAGAUAUAUGCGCCAUGCCCGCCAUUUUCGCACUCUUCUUUGUACCGCUUUAACGACUUGCAAUUAUU